AUGAAUCCGGAUAUGAUGAAGCAAUUGGCUGACUCUCUGUCCAGCGCAAUACGGCAAGCAGUCGUGGAGGCAACAAACGCCUCAUUGGCGGCAAAUUCUUCUACGUCAUCUUCAAAUUUAUUUAAAGCACCACAAUUCUGCGUGGUUGAGUACAAAUCCACUGAUGGAACCACCGUACAGGAUUACUUCACUCGUUUUGACUGGGCACUACAACUAAGCAAAGUUUCACCUCAAGAGUAUGCUACAUACGCACGUGUGCACAUGGGGUCUGAAUUGAAUAAUUCAUUAAAAGUUCUUGUUUCACCAAAUUGUCCUGAAACAUUGUCAUACGAUGAAAUAAAGAAAACGUUGGUGGACCAUUUUGAUGUAAAAAAGAACAAAUAUGCAGAGAGUAUCAAAUUUCGUAAAAUUCAACAGGAGAACGAUGAAAGCAUUCCGGAUUUCGUUUUACGUCUUAAACAAGCAUCAGCUUUUUGCGAGUACGGAGAUUUUUUAGAUCGUAUAUUAAUUGAACAACUGCUUUAUGGGUUACAGUCACGAAUCAUAUGUGAUGAAAUAAUUUCUAAAAAACCAGACAAAUUUUCCACUGCAUAUGACAUUGCACAUACGAUGGAGUUAACACGUCAUACAACAGGGGCAAUGAAAGAGGAGGAACCAUUACCGGCAAACCAAGAACUACACAGACUAGGGUAUUCACCAAUUCAAACAAAACAUAACAAAAACAAAUUGCAAAAGGAACGUAGUACCUACAGCUCUUCUUCUUCUUGCUUUGGAUGUGGAGGUCAGCAUAUGUGUAAUCAAUGUAAGUUUAAACAGGCUAAAUGUUUCGUAUGUGGAAAAAUUGGCCACAUUGGUAAAGUGUGUAAAAGCAAAACAUCACAAAUAUCAGUAGAAGAAGAAGCACCUGCUGAUCAAGUGCAGAUGCUGAAUCAAGUAAUUUCAAUAAAUACAUUGAAAUGUAAUUCUAAAAAGAUGGUAUACGUCAAUGUUGAUGGUCAUUUGCUAAGCAUGGAAUUAGACACUGGUGCUCCGUGCUCUAUAAAUAAUAUUUCAACAGCGCCACCGGAGAUGAACCAUGUACAGCAACAAAAGCUGCAACAAGUGCUUAAGCAAUUUGAUGCCAUCUUUAGUAGUAACACGACACCUAUUUUUGCUAAAGCCAGGGAUAUUCCUAUAGCACUCAGGGAUGCGUACAUAUGGGAAAUCGAUUCCAAAAUAUCUUCGGGACUAUACCAUAAAGUUGAUUAUUCCGAAUGGGCUUCAACUACACAUAUAGUCACAAAGAAGACCGGUGCUAUCAGAAUAACAGAUAUUACUGAUGCCUAUUCCCAUCUUCCUGUCGAUGAAGAGUUUGCACGAAUUCUGACUUUAAAUACAUCAACACAUGGAUUAAUUCGGCCAACUAGAGCUGUUUACGGGGCUGCAAAUAUCCCUGCAUUAUGGCAAAGACGUAUGGAGGGUAUGUUAAAGGAUAUAUCGAACGUAAUGAGCUUCUUUGAUGAUAUCCUCGUCUAUGCAGAAACAUUUGAAGGCAUGAUUUCCUCACUUGAAAUAGUUUUGAAUAAACUUAUGAGUCAAGGUGUCCGAUUGAAUCGUUCAAAGUGCGUUUUUGCCACACCGUCUGUAGAAUUCCUAGGGCAUCGGGUAGAUAAACAUGGUAUUCACAAAUCUGAUAAACAUAUUGAAGCUGUAAAGAAUGCUCCCAAGCCGUCAACCCCAGAAGAAAUACAACUUAUACUAGGAAAAGCUCCAUAUUAUAAUGCUUUCAUACCAGAUUUGGCCACGAGAUCAAGACCACUGAGAAACAUGUUAUUAGAAAAAGAAUUAAAGUGGACCAAAGAUGGGGAAGAGGCAUAUGAAGACAUUAAAUCAGCUCUUGUUUCUCCGCAAGUUUUGACUACAUACAAUCCUGAAUUACCAGUAAUUUUGGCAACGGAUGCUAGUAAGUGUGGCUUAGGUGCAGUGUUAUCACACAGAAUGAGUAAUGGGUCCGAACGACCGAUAGCAUACGCUAGUAGAGCCUUGAGUAAAACAGAAAUAAGCUAUCCCCAGAUGGACAAGGAAGCACUAACAAUUGUGUGGGCAGUUAAGAAAUUUUUUAAAUACCUGUAUGCACGGAAUUUUACCCUAAUUACGGAUCACAAGCCGCUUGCCCAAAUACUACACCCAGCGAAGUCAUUACCUAACCUAUGCAUAAGCCGCAUGGCGAAUUAUGCCGAUUUUCGAUCGUACUUCGAUUACGAUGUCAUAUGCAAACCUACAAAACAACAUGCAAAUGCAGAUUUUUGUUCCCGUGUUAUUUACGACAAAUCAAACUCAAUCAACAGUAUUCUUAUUGACGAAUUCGACGAAUUUGAUCAAUUCAUAAUCCAUCAAAUUGAUCAGUUACCCCUUAGAGCAUCUACAAUAGCCCUGGAAACAGCCAAAGAUGAAUACUUAGGCAACAUUCUUAAACUUCUACAAAUGGGAAAAGAUCUUAAAAAAACCGGCUACACUGCACCCGAGCAGAAUUAUAAACUUACUGCAGGUUGUCUUACUUAUGACCACAAAAUUGUUAUACCUACAUCUCUUCAGAAAAAAGUAAUUGAUGACCUUCACAAUGCGCAUUUGGGAAUAGUAAAAAUGAAGGGUCUAGCUCGCUCCUUUGUUUACUGGCGUGGAAUAGACAAAGAUAUCGAAAACUGUUCCAAAACGUGCAAUGAGUGUGAAAUGCAAGCGAAUGUACCUCCUAAAUAUGGCGAACAUCAUUGGGUCUAUCCUAAAGAACCAUGGGAGAGGGUGCACAUUGACUACGCAGGUCCUUUUUAA